UAAACGUAAGAGAGCUGAUUAGUUGCGUAAAUGCAUGAAAUACGACAGUUAUUAUGCAAAUAGCAGCUUUAACACCGAUAUAAACUUUAUGCAUCGAAAGUUUCUAUCAAGAAAAUCGAAAGUUUCUAUAUUUAAUAAUAGAAUGGAUUCGAUAAAAAACUUGAAAUAUUUGUUGGCAAGUAUCGUUAUAUUUUCAUGUGUGACUGAUACACAAGCACAGAAUAUAGAGACGAGGGCAUAUCAUUCUCUUUCUCCGAUAAAAUCCGAUUCAGCUGUGAUUCAUUUUGGAGCAUCCGUGGUGAUUAAAACUUCUGCCUCUCGUUCUCAAACGUUUGUUGGCGCACCACUGUACGACAGGAAAAAUGGAUCUUUGUAUAAAUGUACAUUUGAUGGAAAAACUAACGGAAGUACUCAGUGCUUGAGAGAAGCUGCAUUCGAUAAAAGCGGUGCGGUGGGUAUUUCCAUAAGCAAGGAUAACAAUGGAGAGAGUAUAUACGUGUGCGGAAAUCAACACGUCAUCAAUUGUCCAAAAUCUCAAUUGCAAAAACGGAUGAUCGGAGCUUGUUAUAAAAAAUCCACUACGUCACCAACAGCAACAUUGCUCAAAUCACCUUGUACUACAGCAUGUCCGAUCGGGAAACUGACCGCAGACAUAAUUUUCGUUGUGGACGAAUCAGGUAGUGUGGACACGGUGGAGUAUUUGAGCUCCUUGAACUGGAUGAAGCAAGUUAUAUCAUCUUUUAGAAGUUACAUUGAUACGGGGGAUGUUGCUGUCGGUGUCAUCGGUUUCAGCUAUGAUGAUGAUAUAGACACGGGCGUCCGCAUUCGUUUACAAAGAUGGGCAUAUCUGUCUUUGAUAAGCCAAAUAGACAACAUGGUUAAUAUAAGAUCGACACUUGGACUAACGUACAUCGGAUAUGCAAUUAACUUGGCAAUCACUGAGUUUAACAGCAACGGACGCAAAUCUAUACCGAGAGAAAUGAUUUUGCUGACAGAUGGUCGUGCGACCGACCCUGCAAAUGUUCAACCUGCUGCGGAAAAGGCGAGGGCCAAUGGAAUUGUAACGGUUUCAGUUGGGGUUGGUAGUGGGAUAAUUGAAGAUCAACUUCUGACAAUUGCCGGUGCCGCUUCUCGUGUGUUUAAAGCAACCGACUACGAUAACCUCGCUAGUGUGGUGGAAGGAGUGAAAUCCACUAUCCAAGACACCGCAUCGGUAAAAUUAGAAGGUCAAAUUACGAAUACCACUAGCCUGCUUGCUGAAUGUCAACUUGGAAUCUCAUCUCAUGUUACAAAGAACAACAAGAUGUAUGUUGGGGCGGUUGGUUCGUACGAUAGAGCAGGAACUGUGGUUGAUUACAGCGCUUCUGCAGGAAGCAUAUCAACACAUUACACAAGCGUGCUUAACAUCACAGAAUACUCCAAUAUAGCAUCUGCAAGUGGAUCGAAUGCCAGCCUAUCAGAUACAUAUCUCGGUUAUUCUGUUACGAGUGGAAACUUUUUGGGAGGAAACGUCAAUUAUGUGGCAAGCGGAGCUCCGAAAUACAAUUCGAAAGGAAUGGUCGCUAUAUACGAAUCAAACAAUGUAAUCGGGUCGUCAACCAACUUUCUUCUUCUACAUCCGAGUGAGACGUCGGGUUUGUGGCAGUUAGGAGCUUAUUUUGGACAUUCUGUUUGUGCUGUCGACAUCAAUAAGGAUUCGCUCGACGACUUAAUUGUUUCAGCGCCGUUAUUCAGUGACGUCACUACAGGUUAUGACCAAGGAAGAGUUUUUGUUUUUAUCAACAAUCCAAAAGAUGUCAGUUUGCAAAAAUGGAUGUCCCGGUCAUACCGCCCACAAUCACUCAGUGGAUCAAACGCAAAAGGAGCUCGAUUUGGAACGUCGGUUGCAGUGGUUGGUGACGUAGAUUUAAACGGAUAUGACGACAUAGCAGUGGGAGCACCUUUUGAGGAGAUUUCUUCAACCGGUAGCGGCGCUGUUUACAUUUAUUAUGGAUCCAGCAAAGGGUUAAGUGAAACACGAAAACAGUGCAUAUUGGGAAAAUCAGUUACGUCACUGUUGUAUACGUUUGGUGCCUUUAUUACAAUGGGAGCUCAAAAUGACGUAGAUGGAAACGGAUAUUCUGACAUGAUAAUAUCAGCACCUUCCAGCGAUAGAAUUAUUAUCUUACGAGCUCGACCGAUUGUCAAAGUUCGAACACAAAUCACUUUGAAUCCUCCAUCUAUCGACUUAAUCAACUGUCUCAGUAAUUCAUCAGCUCCUUGUACGAGUGUGACGGUGUGCUUAACUGCAUUCUACACGGAUGAAACGCCACUUUCAUCGCCAGCACCACUGAAUGUAACUAUGAAGUUGGAUUCUUUACUCGGCAACCAAGGUAAUAAAAGACUCGUGUUCGCUGGAACAACGUCAUCAACUCAUAUAAAGGUGUACAACGUCACUUCACUGCGUGUUUGUUACACUUUGCCGGUUCAGCUGAACCCAGCAUAUUUUGAAUCAACUUUAUCGACGGGAGAUUUCGGGAUAGUGUCACGACUCGAAGUGAGCUAUGAUUACACGGCCAGUCAUAAAAACACGAUCAUGUCUGCAAUGCUUGACCCCUGGUCGCCAAGGGUUACCACUGCUGACUGGUCGUUCCAAAAGAAAUGUUCAGAAAUGAACGGAACCAGAUGUAGUCACGACUUGAAAAUCGAAACAAUUUAUUCUGUACUUCCUUUCGGAGAACCUUUGGUUUUAAGUUCGAAUCCAGGGGUGGUAACUAUAACUGCAACAAUUACCAACCUAGGCCCCGAUCAUUCAUUCUUCACAACUGUUGACGUAAUUGCAAAUCUUGAUUUAAAUAAGGUAUCAGGUGAGUGCGUAAAUGUGGCACCAUUAAAUACACCAAAUGUCACAACUCUUAGCUUUAAGUCGAAGAAAUCAACUUUGCAAGGAUUUAUGGGAAAAAACGAAAAGUGUACCUUCAUAAUGAAGUACUCAUUGCUUUCUUUAACGAAAAAGGCGGUAGUAAAAGAGAUUAUACUGAAAGGAGCUGUACAUUGGAACGUUAACGACACCAUAAAUGCCAUUGAUCCAGUGCUACAAAACAACCAAUUCGAAUUUCGGAAAAAGGUUUUAUACAAGGCUGCAAUCGUUCACACGAGCGACUCGGCACCGAACUCUAUGUUUUACAAUCGCACCGUGUCUUCGACUGCAACUGUUCACAAUAUCAGCAAUGAUUACCUGGGCGAUCCAACGUACGCAUUGUUCCAUAGUCAUUCGGUAUACAACCGAGGACCAAACCUUGUUGCAAAAGCUUCUCUUGUGUUUACAUGGCCGAGGCAAACCAAGGAAGGAUUACCACUGUUAUAUCUCUACCAUUUCCAAUGCUUGCCUUUAACUUUGUGUCAUUGCGCAACGAUGGGCAAAGUAAACGAAUACGGACUCGCGAUAAACAACGGAACAGGCUUGAAAAAUAUUUCAAUUGACUUCAAUUCCAACACAGUUCUCCCGACAGAUACUACUUGCAACGACGUGAAGUGCGAUUCCAUCACGUGCACUGUCAAUCAACUUGGAAAGUUCUCCACAGUAGUGGUGACGUCAUCAUUUAAAGUCUGGUUACCAACAUUAGCCCAGCGAAAACUCGUAACCAAAAUUUCAAGCACGACAAGUUUUAACAUCGCGUACUCGCCUAUCUAUAAAGCUGGAGUAACCACAUCCAAGGCAACUACUGUGGUAUCAAAAUACCUUCCACCGGUUCCACCAAUUGAUCAAAACAAACUAGACAUCGGUCCACUCAUAGGGGCAAUAGUUGGAGGAAUUGUUCUGCUUGUUGUCAUCAUGCUUAUAAUGUGGAAGGCUGGAUUUUUUGAAAGCAAGUAUGCAAAAAUGCAAAAAGAUGCACAGCGGGAAACUGACGACCUCGACAAAACGAUUGAAGUUGACGUGAACGAAUAAUGUGAUAAUAAAUGCAUAAUUGGCUCGAUUGUAGGCAUAACCACAAAUUCACCGAAAUUCAUACAAAAUCCUUAAUUUCA